CUCAACCCUCCUUUCUUCCAUCUCGCCAUGGCCAACAUCACAUUGAAGCCGUUCUGUCCGCUCUUAGAGGACAUGAUCCAGCUUCCAAGUCACAGCAACUCUAGCAUCCGCUAUAUUGACCACGUGUCAGUGCUGCUGCACGGGCUGGCUGCGCUGCUGGGUCUGGUGGAGAACGGACUCAUCCUGUUUGUGGUGGGCUGUCGCAUGCGUCAGACGGUGGUCACCACCUGGGUGCUGCACCUGGCGCUGUCUGACUUGCUAGCCUCCGCCUCCCUGCCCUUCUUCACCUACUUCCUGGCGGUGGGCCACUCGUGGGAGCUGGGUACCACCUUCUGCAAGUUUCACUCCUCGGUCUUCUUUCUCAACAUGUUUGCCAGUGGCUUCCUGCUCAGCGCCAUCAGCCUGGACCGCUGCCUGCAGGUGGUGCGGCCGGUGUGGGCACAGAAUCACCGCACGGUGGCGGUCGCGCACAGAGUCUGCCUGAUGCUCUGGGCUCUGGCGGUGCUCAACACAGUACCCUAUUUCGUGUUCAGAGACACCAUCCCGAGGCUGGAUGGCCGCAUUAUGUGCUAUUACAAUAUGCUGCUCUUGAACCCAGGGCCCGACCGCGACGCCACGUGUGACUACCGCCAGAAGGCCCUGGCGGUGAGCAAGUUCUUGCUGGCCUUCGUGGUGCCUCUGGCCAUUAUCGCCAUGAGCCACGUGGCCGUGAGCCUGCAACUGCGCCACCGUGGCCGCCAGAGGACAGGCCGCUUCGUGCGCCUGGUGGCAGCCAUCGUGGUGGCCUUCGUGCUCUGCUGGGGGCCCUACCAUGUCUUCAGUUUGCUGGAGGCGCGUGCCCAUGCUGUCCCCAAGUUAAGGCAGCUCGUCUCACGCGGGCUGCCCUUCGUCACCAGCCUGGCUUUCUUCAACAGCGUGGUCAAUCCUUUGCUUUACGUGCUCACCUGUCCGGACAUGCUGCACAAACUGAAGCGCUCGCUGCGUUCAGUGUUUGAAAGCGUGCUGGUGGAGGACAGCGACUUGAGCGGUGGAUCUGGCAGCCGCCGCCGCCGUGCCUCCUCCAUUACCACAGCCUCCACGCUCCUGCUGGCUGGCCGCCUUCCCCGACUGCAUCCUGCCCGGCUGAUUAGCUGGAUGCGGAGUAAUGGUGCAGAGCCCCAGCAGAGCGUCCCAGCGCAGGACCAGAAACAAGGCUCACGGAACCUCGCCCUGAGCUCCACCUCCGAUUAGACCAGCACAGCCCAGGUGGCACGCCAACACACUCCUGGCAUCUCACCAUACACCUUUGAAAAUGUACAUAGCCAAUGCUAGGCCCAGCUCAUCUCUCUCCCGGGCAGGACCCAGGGAACCAGUUUGUGAACUAAAAGCGGUCUUUCCUAAACACUUUAAUCUUGCAGCGUGGAGCUGGGAGAGGAUCAGCAGGGUGCAGAAGUGGCCUUCGGAGGCGAGGCACUACCUGGUUCCUGACCUCCACAUUUUUACAUUUUUAAGAACGGAAGUACUUGAACUGCCUAGGGAUCUCGCUAGGCUAACAGGGAUGAGAUUUUGUACUUCUAAUGCCUCCCAGGCAGCUUGCCCAUGGACAACUGGAGUCACACAGGUUAAACCCACAGCCCACAUCUCAUAAGGCACUGCUUUGUGGACAAGGAGGAAACUUGUUCAUUGCCACGAACAAUGGUGUAUAUGGGGUGACAGUGGCCAGAGGGUUAAGCAGUUUCUAGCCUACCACCUUCACUUUUAACGCCCUCCCCACUGUGGUCUUUGAGUCUGAUGCUUUAUCACACUUUGUUGGUUGUGUGAUGGGUGUGUCAACUCCGGCUCAGGGAUCUAACUGCUUAGUUUUAGAGCUGCCGCCGCCAGAGGCUACAUUCCAUCCUUCAGCAUCUCAGGUUCAACUCUACCCAGAGAACAUCCUCCAGCUACCCUGGGUAUCACAGCUGCCUCAGGACAGGGCCCAGCAGCUAAAACUGGCAACCCACAGGUGUGUGUGUGGGGGGGCACCGUGCACCAGCCACGGACCUUCCACCGCACUUCACCUAAAGUCUUGCCCACCACGGAGGGACGGCUCGACUCAUCUCUACAUUCCAGGGGAA